CGGCGGGGUCGGUCGGCCCUACAAUUGCUGCGUCACAGCUCGCCCAAGUAUCACCAACUCUGUCUAUUGUCCACCACGGUUCGGCGACCAAGGCGCGUACUCAAUCUGCAUAUUCACUUCGCGCGCUUAAUUGCCUCUCGACACUGCACCCGUGCCCUAUCACCAAAUUCUGCGCCCCUACUUGCGCCCUCCACCCCUCCACCCCGCCGCUGCAGCUCACAUCGAGCUCGCAAUCGAUAGCUGGAGUUCGACACAAGGCGCUAACACAAGAUGCCUACAGUAUACACUGCUCAGCAGAAAGCUGCAAUCCAGCAGUUCAUCAGCUUCACUCAACUUGAUAAGUCCACCGCGGUCAGGGCGCUUAAAAGCCAUGGCUGGGAUGCGCAGAACGCCGUGAACGCUUACUACAGCAGCAGCAACAGCAGCGGCGGUUCUCAAGGCUCAUCUGCGGCGAAGACCAAUCUCAACAAGCUGUUCGAUCGGUACCAAGAGGCUGGUGCACCGGACAAAGACAUUGUUGGAGUAGAGGGCACGAUGCGGUAUUUCGAAGAUACUGGCGUCGAUGCCGAGGGCCUGGAUGCGUUGGCGGCUCUUGAAAUCGUCCAGGCCCCUACCAUGGGCGAGAUGAGCCGCGAUGGCUUCAUCAAGGGUUGGUUGGAGCGCCACUGCGAUGCCAUCGACAAGCAGAAGGCGUAUCUCAGGAAUCUUAAGAGCGAGCUCUCGGGCAACAAAGACGUCUUCACCCGGGUUUACAAGUACACAUUCACGAUUGCCAAGACCGCGGACCAGAGGGCUGUUCCACUCGAGAUGGCUACAGUGUACUGGGAGUUGCUCUUUAGUUCGCCCUUGUCCGCUGUCCAGUGGUCAAGUCCCAACACUCCGUGGCUUACCUGGUGGACUGAGUUCCUCAACACGUCGUGGAAGAAGAGCGUCAACAAGGACAUGUGGAACGAGACACUCAAGUUCGCGCAGCUCUCGCUGGAAGAUGAGACCAUGAGCUUCUGGAACGAGGAGUCUUCAUGGCCGUCUGUCAUCGACGACUUUGUCGAGUUCGUCAAGAAGGAGAAGCGGGGUGACAUCGGGGAGCAGCCGAUGGACGAAGACUACUAUUGAUCUGGAUUCAAGACCUUCUAUGAAACUAGCGGGGAGUUAUGGUAGAGGAUAUGCUUUGCUGCUACAGCAGCUGCCGGCGUUUUGCUCAUCAGAAGGCGGGUUUACUUGAUGCAUGUUACGAGAUUCACGGGAGCAUUCCAUACCAUGGCCAGAUUUACGGCACUUUGAGCAUCUUCUAGUAAUCCGACUAGCUCAGCAUGAUACAUCACCGUGCGCCAUGUACCUUCUUUCGUUUGUGCUGGGUGAUUACGCAGGGAACAAUUGACCGUCGACAGCAGCGCAGAGCAGGCGAAGAAACAAGAUGCCGCUAAGUAUGAGAUACGCGCGGGUCGUUGAGUCGGGUUCAGUGAUAUCUCCAUUGCUGCCGCGAAUAUUUACACAUGACCAUUGU